CACAUCGUCCCUUCCUCGAAGCUCAAACUCACUCAACACUACCCCACUUGGCCGUCGUGGCGGGUGAGGGCCUCAAAUUAUUUUCCUUCACUGAACUUCCCUUCCCUGUGAUGCAGUCGUUCUGCAAUAUCAACUUCCAACAUGUCGCGCCGGCCACAGCUUCUAAGAGGGGGCAUCGAUAGAGAGACGUACCAAAUAGUGCGCAGGCUCGAGGAGUUGGACGGCGUCAUCUACGACAGCAUCAAGCGCUCCAACUCGAGCCUAGCCCGCCAGAAGAGGCGCUCGCUCGAGGACUCGAUUGAGCGGGUGCUAGCGCUGCGCAAGGACGAGGCCAAGGCCGACGACCAGUACGACUCAGACGACGCUAUAGAGCUCGCAGAGAAACAGGCUGCUGCUGCGUCUAAGGCUCCCAGCCGCGACUUUAAUUUGUUGAACAAGCAGAUCGCCAAGGCCUGGAACAUAAACAACACAACCUCUACCUCUACCACCACAACGACAGGCGUUGCUGUCGCGCCCGAGACGGAUGGCGACUCUUCUCAAACGCCGGCCGUGGAGUCGGCAACGCCUGGCAAGGAACCAAUAGCGCCUGUCCUAGAGCCAACAACGCCUGGCCCAGAACUAACGACACCUAGUGCAACCCUCGACAGGCGUGUCAACGGGGAGCCGAGGCCUAAGAAGAGAAAGGGCACGCCCAGGCCCGAGAUGGUUGACCGAUCCCCGCCAACGGGCCUGUCCAUCCGCGACAUCGCUGGCGUCGACGACACGCUGGACCGGCUGCUGGACGAGGUCUGGUUCCCGCUCUGCGCCGGGGAGGCCUGCGAAAAGAUGGGCUACCGCUACGAGAACGGCGUUCUUUUGCACGGGCCGUCAGGCUGCGGCAAGACGGCACUGGCCAACGCCGUUGCCGGGAGCGUCGGCACCGCCUUCAUCCCCGUCUCGGCCGCUUCCAUGAUCAGCGGCACGUCGGGCGAGUCCGAGAAGAACAUCCGCGACGUGUUUGACGAGGCGAUUCAGCUCGCCCCUUGCCUUCUCUUUAUCGACGAUAUCGACGCCAUCGCCGGCAAGCGCGAGAGCGCCAGCAAGGGCAUGGAGGGCCGUAUCGUGACCGAGAUCAUGAGCGGCAUGGACCGCAUCAAGAAGAACGCGCCGCUCGGCAAGAACGUGGUUGUGCUAGCCGCUACCACCCGACCCGACUUCCUCGACCCCGCCAUUCGGCGACGCUUCAGUGUCGAGAUAGACAUUGGCAUGCCCAACGAGCGUGCCCGGGAGCAGAUACUACGGUCCAUGGCGCGGGGCCUCAAUGUAGCCGACGACGUCGACUUCUCCGAGCUGGCCCGUCUGACGCCUGGCUAUGUUGGGAGUGACUUGCAGCACGUGGUUCAGGCGGCUGUGACUGGGAGCUUCCGCGGUGGGCUUGAGGACCUGAUUGACAAGGCGCGCACCUUCAGUCCUCCCACGAGCAACGACGAUGGCUUGACGCCGGUACAGCGGAACUGGCUCUUACUCGAGGACCAUCGGAACGCGUCGUGGGGCCAAACAUGCAUUACGCAAGCACAGUUCAAGGUCGCCGUGGCGCGGGUCCAGCCAGCUUCGAAGCGGGAAGGGUUCAGCGCGAUUCCGGACACGACAUGGGCCAAGGUCGGCGCACUUGGCGACGUGCGGCGCAAACUCGAAAUGUCCAUCAUCGGCCCUAUCAAGCAGCCCGAGCUUUUCCGCAGAGUGGGCAUCAAGCCGGCGGCGGGCAUUCUGCUCUGGGGCCCUCCCGGGUGCGGCAAGACCCUGGUGGCCAAGGCCGUGGCCAACGAGUCCAAGGCCAACUUCAUCUCGAUCAAGGGCCCCGAGCUACUCAACAAGUACGUGGGCGAGUCGGAGCGGGCAGUACGACAACUAUUCUCGCGCGCCAAAUCUUCAGCCCCUUGCGUCCUCUUCUUUGACGAGAUGGACGCGCUUGUCCCUCGCCGCGACGACUCCCUGUCCGACGCCAGCGCGCGCGUCGUGAACACCCUCCUGACCGAGCUGGACGGCGUCGGCGACCGCACUGGGAUCUACGUCAUCGGCGCUACCAACCGCCCCGACAUGAUCGAUGAGGCUAUUCGCCGCCCCGGUCGCCUUGGCACGAGCAUAUACGUCGGCCUGCCUUCGCCCGAGGACCGCGUCGACAUUCUCAAAACACUGUACCGCAACACAAUCAUCAAGGCUAAGGCCGACGCGCCAUCACCGGCGACAGAAGCAUCUACAGCAGGCCUGGACGCCUCAACAGCGAUGGAGAUUGAGGAAGAAGAGGUAGAUCUGGAGCGCGUGGCCCUCGACCCCCGCUGCACGGGCUUCUCGGGCGCGGACCUGGGCAAUCUCAUGCAAGCCGCCGCGCAGGCCUGUCUGCAGAGGGCGUAUCUCAUGCAGAUGCAGAUAGAGCAAGGCACGGCAUCGACAGGCACCCCCGUGAUCACGCUAAGGGACUGGGAGAAGGCCCUGACGGAAGUCAAGCCAAGCGUCAAAGACAUGCGCAAAUACACUAGUAUGAACUGAAAAAGAAGAGGGGCAUAUACGUAGCAUAUAGACAGGAGCACAUGAAGGGCGUACUGGGUUCAGAUAAAUAGAGGCGGGUUGGAUCUAGACAUGGAGGGGACAACAAUGCU